GCUGCAAUGAGUUCUAAUCUUUAUGUAUUAGCUGUUAUUGGUGUACUUUGUAGUGUUUUAAGUUGUUUCUAUUAUAUUCGUUUAGUCAAAAUUAUGUAUUUUGAAGGACCUAAAAAUUGGUGUAGUUUUUCACGUAUUCCGAUUGAAAACGCUAUAACGUUAGCAAUUACAUUAUUUUUUAUCUUGUUUUUCAUGUUUUACCCUACACCGCUUCAUUUAAUCACACAUAAAAUUGCUUUAACUCUUUGUUUAUAA